UUCUCUUCCUUCCUCCGAUAGAAAAAAACUUAAAAAACAAAAAAACAUAUCCAAAUUCCCACAUAUCCUGAUGUCCCACGAUAUAUAUAUCGGAAAGAUAUUCAAAAGCGCGACAUUAGGCGCGUGUUUGUUAUCCUCUUACCCACCUCCCAAGUUGGAUGUCACUUCCCUCUCUGAUCCCACCAAUUUCAUUCUUCUAUUGAGUCGGCAUCUAUCCCUAUCAACAUCACACCAAAGUCUCAACUUUAUGCCCAAAACGGAAGGAUUGUAAUACAAAGCAAAGUAGCGAACAAGAAAAAGGUUACAGCACAAGAAAAACCAACCUAUCCCCUUAUCUCUUCGCUUAGUAUAUCACGAUCACAGAAUCAGAUAAAUUUAUUUGAUUGAGAAAUUGAUGAAGGUGUUGCUGUAAAAGUUCAAUUUGAUUUGGACAUUAUACAAUGUCUGCGAUGGUUUGCGGCAAGAGAUCCUUCUUCGAUGAUUUACAAUCGUCGUUGCCGACUUCACCGCCGACGCCUGUUUCAAAGAAGCUCCGGUGUUCCUCAACCUCUCCGAGAAGGUUCUCGCCGUCGCCGCCAGCGGAAGCUUCCGUUGAUCAUCUGAGAGCUUUGUUUCGCGAUGUAGAUUGUCAGAUAUGAUACUCUUACUUUAUCUUUGUUGCUGUAAAUGUUGUUAGUUGGAGAAAUUAUGUAGCUUUUUUUAACGUCAUUUAGUUAUUGUAAGUAAAUUACUCUCUGUAUCGGAAUGAAAUGCUAUGAAUAGAGUGAGAUGAAUGUAGACGACUUUGUAAGUGUUUAUCUAAAGGAGCUUCGAAUAGAUUUGAGCAAUGUAUAUGACUUUGUAUGUGUUUUAUGGUCAAGCUGAAAGAGUGUCUUUAAGCUUCAUCAAUUUAUAAGACAUUAUUUUCAUCAUGGAACAUUUCAUUUCUAAAUCAACUUUCACAACUUUAUUUAAGGCUAUUCAAAUUUAAACUCAUGGUGAUGCGUCUUUGUCAAACUAACUUUUAAACACAUAUUCUAAUAUUUUCCCUCCACGGUCGAUACUACAUAUUUAAAAGAAAGUAGCUUCCUGAACUUUGUGCCAAUACAAAUGUUGUGGUGUAAAAUGAAAUAUUAAUUAGUUCCUAUAAUAUCAACCAACCCUCAAUGAUUUCAAUUAAAUUUCUUGGUGGUCUUUUCUAUAAUAAGAAUCUCAAAAGAUGCAAUCAAUUAUUACUUAAAAGGUGCAAAGAUUUUAUUAUGUAUGUAUUCUGUAUUUCUGUAAAGAACUCUGUUGUUGCUUUUGUUUAACGAGUUUCUGGGUACCAAGUGUUUUAUUAUAUUAUGUUCAGUUUCUUGAGAAAGCCUUGGAGGAAUGUGGCAAUGAUUUGGAUGUUGCUAUUAAGAGACUGCAUGAACUUCAUCUUAUUCAUGCACAAGGAAAGUCAGUUUCUGCCUCAGAAGCUGAUGGAGAGAUGGACGGUGGUAUGUACAAAUGUUAUGUUCGACAUCUGAGUGCUGAUUAAGGGGAUGCUAGUUUUUUCUCAUUUUUAUUACUCCGUUCAUGUCAAAAUGAUCCCUAAGUCUCUGAAGUUGGAGUGGAUACAUAUCUACAAAUAUGUGUGUUAUUGACUAUCUCACUAAUUGCAUGGUGUAUCGCAAAAUUGCUCCCGGAAAAGGACAACCAUAUCCCUUCCAUCAGAAAAAAGGGGACCGGUUGAUCAACCCAAGUACUCCUAAAUAGGGUUUAGUUCUCACUGAUAUGACAUUGGUUUCUACGGUGUUUACUGGUCAUUGACAUGACAUUUUUUCUGAAAUUUUCUGGUUCCAUCUGUUCCUCAUAAUUGCUACCCGUUUUAAUUUUUGCUACUUCUCUUCAACAAUUUUUUUUAUUGCUACUUCUCCAACAUGAUUUUAUGGUAUAUGACCUUGCUGAUAUGAACAGAAAUGUAAACAGAUUAACUAAAAACUCAAUUUGAAGUUAUAAAUUAGAAUAUGAAUUAUUCCCUUUGUUUUAAUUUGUUUCUCUUACUAUCCUUUUUAGUCCAUAAAAACCGAACAGUCAAAUUGAAACAUAGGGAGUUUAGAGAAGGAAAAGCUUAGUAAUUAACUAUAUGUAUUGCCGAUAUAUGGCAGUUAGAAGAACAUGUAUGUGAUAUAGGAAAAUGUCUAAUGUUAAAAGAUAAUCAUCCAAUGGUGCAAAGAAGUUUCAAAAUAUGUUUGUGUGACAAGUUCUUAAAAAAGAAACUCAUAGAUGUGCCCACUUAGCAGCUCAUUUGAAUCUUGUUAACCAAGUCUAAAUUUUUAUCAAUUGUGGAGAAAGGAUCUUAUUUGCAUGCAAAAUUUGCAGGUAUAGUGAACACUGCUUUUGUCCUAAAUAAUCCUCCAGCUGAUGGCACAGAAUGGGUGGAGUUGUUUGUGAGGGAAAUGAUGAGUGCUACAAGUUCAGAUGAUGCUAGGGCUCGUGCGACAAUUGUGUUGGAGAGCUUAGAGAAAUCCAUUAGUGCAAGUGCAGAAGCAACUCAAAAUUUUCAGAAGGAAAAUAUGAUGCUGAAGGAGCAAAUAGAACUGAUUCUUCGAGACAAUAUCAUUCUGAAACGUUUAGUGGCCAUCCAACAUGAACGACAAAAGGAGCACAAUGAUGAUAGGAUCCAGGAAGUGCAGCAGCUGAAGCACUUGAUUGCUCAAUGUCAAGAGCAGUUGAGAACUCUCGAGGUACAAGCUGCAGCUUCAUAUAUUAUUUUUAUUGCAUCAAUGCACUAUAAAUGGAGAUGUGUUUUUAAUUACAACAAUAACAAGAGAUCAGAGUUAUUUUUGUUUACUGAUAUUAGUGCCAUUAAUGCAAGUCUUAUUCAGAAGUCUUUGCAUCUGAGGACAAACUUUUAAAGAAUAAUGUGGCAAAAUUAAAGAUUUAGAAGGAUAAAGAAAUAUUUUAUUAAGAGAUGGGAGAUGUAACUUUUGAAAGGUAAAGACUCCUACAGAAGGUAUGCACCUUGAGGAAACGCUAGCACAUGGGCUAAGAAGAAAGAUGGAAGCUAAUCACAAUGCUCUUACUAGAAAAUUUAGUACUGCUAUUAGCACAUUGAAAAAAUACUACUUUAUCACUUGAGAUUUCCGUUAAUAUAAACUCGUUCCUCAUUUGCUAGAGGACAGGAUAAAAGGUCUCGAGAUAAACUUUGGGUAAUGCACUCUAGAAUUGCUUGGUGAAACAUGUUUACAUCAAUUCAAACUAGUAGCCAUGUAGUUUCCAAUAUAAAAAUUGUGACACAACAAACCCAACUAUUUGCAUUAGCAUUAUUGUUGCUCGCAUGAACUCAACUAUUCUCCCCAUCUUAAGGAGUCAAGUAUGCGAGAUACAAGUAACUCCAGUUUUUAACUUUACUGAU